AUGAUUGAUAUUUAUCUCUUAAUACCCCUCAGACAACCCUCACCACUCUAUGAUAACAAUCAUUAUCAUGAAGAAUGUUUACGCUGCAAUUCCUGCGGUUUGAAUUUGACUGGACGAAAUCAGAAGCGGGCCAGGAGAUUCAAAAACCAAAUACUUUGCGACCUGCAUUUUGCAGACGUUGCCCUAAUGGAGUGCUCCGAUUUUAUGCAACAGCUGAGAAGCUUUAAACCCCAAUCAUUAGGUUGUGCUGUUGCCCGUCGUAAAAGUUCCACAACAUUAAUAUUUCCACUGCCACCACAGGCAUGUUCAGAUGAGAUUUGUGAAGAAUAUCCUCAUAAUUUAAUGCCCACCCCGGGCUAUUGGAUUGAGUGUUCGAGACAGAAAAUCAGUAUGCCGCCCACACACACCAUUUGGGAUGAAAGUGAUUCGGAACAUGAGGACAUACGAGGCGGCAAUAGUAGUGAUGCCUAUUUGGAGCGUGAGUGCAGUGACCUGUAUGAGGAUGAUGAAGACUCUGAGGCCACACCCAGGAAAAAGACAACAAUCGAAGAACAAUGGGAACAAAAUGGCGCCUUCGAGCUGAUCUCCGUGGAACAGGAAACGUACGAGAAGUAUUUCUUUGGCUGCGAGCACUGGAACUAUUUUACCAGCGACGAAGAUUUGGGUCCGGUGAUAUUGUCCAUUAAGCAGGAGACGCUUAAUGGGCGCGAUCAGUUUCGGAUAUUGGUGCGAGCUGGUUCCUAUACAGUACAUGGUCUGAUACCCGCCUCUUGUGUAUUUGCCGACAGAUAUAACCGCGAGGAAGUGGUUAGAUCUUUGGGCAAAGAAGUUAAUUUAAAUCCUCCCUUAACCUUGGGCCAAUUGCCUGAUACCCCAGAGGAAUUACUGAAAUUAGAUCAAGUUUUUAUUAAAUCUGAGUUAAAAGUUGGUGUUAUUUUUGUUAAAGAGGAUCAAUAUACGGAGGAGCAAAUUUUAGACAAUAAUGAAAAUUCCCUGCUCUUCGAUGAGUUCUUAACCCUUUUAGGUGAUCGUGUUCGUUUAAAGGGUUUCGAUAAAUACAAAGGUGGCCUUGAUACAGUGCAUGACUUGACAGGUCUGUACUCUGUAUAUACAAAUUGGCGUAAUAUUGAGAUAAUGUUUCAUGUCUCAACGUUAUUGCCUUACGAACGUCAUGAUCCUCAAAAGCUGCAAAGAAAACGUCACAUUGGCAAUGAUAUUGUUUGUGUGGUGUUUCUGGAAGCUGAUAAUACCCGCUUUAGUCCUGCCUGCAUAAAGAGUCAUUUUCUGCACACGUUUAUAUUGGUGCGAGUCUCGGCCCGAAUAAAACACAAACCCACCCGCUACGAAGUGUCGAUAGUGACGCGAGACGAAGUGGGCGCCUACAAACCCUAUUUGUGGGAACAAUCGGUAUUCGAGAAAGGACCAAUGUUUAGAGAAUGGCUUUUAACGAAAAUCGUGAAUGGCGAACGUGCCUCAUAUUCGGCGCCAAAAUUUGCCCGCAUGCAGGAACGCACCCGCUCACAAAUGUUAGAGGAUUUGGUAAUGAAUUUAUCCAAUCACGCUGAGACGGGCCAAAUACCAAAACCCUAUCGACGCGGCUCAUGGCGACCAAUUGGCCACAUGAGACCAUCAUCACCUUUGCUGGAUUCUGUGCGUGAUCAGUUUGAAGAUUACGAACAGUUGGCAAAAGAUUUUACUAGAGUUUUCUUAAAUCUAGAACCAUCGUGCCUAACAAAUGCUCAUUUAUUUGAUGUCACCUUUCUGGUGGGACAGUCAAAACAGAAAGCACGCUUUAUAGGCGUGCGAGCGAUACUGGGUGUUCGCAGUAGAGUGUUUCAGGAAAUGCUUUAUGGCAUCCAAACCGGUUUCGGUUCACCACAAAUACCAGUUGCUGAAAUAUUUGCGCGUCCGGCGCCUUCAUUGGUUUCACCACAAAAUCAAAAACCCAAAAGUAAUAAUUAUCUCACCGUACCCGAUUCCGAUUCGAUACGACCGAAAAGUGUUCCUUCCUCGCCCAUGGUUAAGCGCGCCUUCUCACGCCUCGGCACCAUCACUGCUGGCUGGGGUCGUUCCAUACGCAAUAAGAAUGCCAAUCAAUUGAAUCCGGAAGACAAAAAGAAAUGGAUUUCAUCCACAGAUUGUUCGAACAGGGAUAGCAAAGAUAAAGACAAAGAUAGGUCGGGCAAUAAUUUGGGCGUGCCCAGACUGUCGGUGUGUGCCGAUGCUCAAAAGGUGGAUCGAGCGAAAUUGGCGCAAACUGAAUUCACUAUAAUAGAAUUUGAUCCGGAUACAUUUCGAGUGCUAUUGGAUUAUUUGCAUACGGGGACGUGUCCUUUGACCUGUGUAUCAAUACCGGGCCUGUUGUGUGCCGCUGAGCAUUACGAUUUGCCCGAAUUACUGCAGGCUUGUUUUCAUCAUUGCAAACAGUUUCUGCGCAUAGAGGUGGUGUGUCCCAUGCUGAUUUCCUUGGAGAACUAUUACUGGCGUUACACCUCCGCCACGGACUUGGUGAAUAUGAUAUUAUCAUUUGUGGAGAAUAAGGCCCAUAGCCUGUUUAAAUGUCCUGAGUUCCUUAAUCUUUCCGAGUCCAUGGUGCAAAUGAUCAUGUGCCGUGAACUGCAAUGUCCCGAGAUACGGAAAUUUGAGGCCAUGCUGGCCUGGGCCCGCAACAAAGUCUCCAAAAUGAAAAUCCAACCCAACAGAGACACCCAGUUCGAGUUCGAGUGCAUUAUGGAGAGACUGACACGCGAUCUAAAUCUAUGUCGCAUUUCGCCCUCCGAACUGCUGGCCAUUGUCUUGCCCUCCAAGGCCUUGAAGAACGAACGCAUCAUGGAGACCCUAAUGAUGCAGGUGAAUUUGGGCACGUACCGCAUGCAGGAGCUGGAUGAAUACCGGCAGCAAUUGCGCAGCCAGGAGUCGGCGGAGGCCACGGUACAGGUUGGUGCCAGCGGUGGAGAUGUUUCAAACGCUUACGAUUCCACGGCCGAUGAUGAAGUGGAAUUUUAUAAUGAUUUUGAUGCAACUCCUACGACCAGUCGGGUGGCGGCCCAAAUGCAGGCGGCCAAAGAGGCUAGACGGCGUCGUUGGGCGGGCGAUGGUUCGUCGGCGGGUAGUAGUGAAUGCGGCAGUAGUAGUGUGGUUAAGAAAUAUUAG